AUGUUGAUCAGCUCUCAAAGGCCCGUUCCUUCGCCCGUGACGACCCUGACUGCCGACCGAUCUCUGAGCCCGUCGAGCUUGCUGUCCAUCAAAGCAGAAGACAACACGCCGUUGCUGCAAUCAUCUGCUGGCGCUCAGAGACAAUUGGCUGCCUAUCAACAUGCGCUCGAGGCAAGGUCACAGCCGAGCAACCUGGCAGCUCUACAUAGUCAAACAUCUAGCUCAAUGUCGCCUUUUGCGCUUGGGCAGAGUCAAACGGACGCGCAUACGCGCACUGAGCCGCCAAGAGACGUGCAUCUGCCGUUGACUCGCAAUGUCCUGCUACAAAGUCAGAAAUUGCAUCUAGACACUACGCCCUAUGCAAAUGCGGCCGCAGUAAUGACGCACGGCCCGCAAUAUGGAUCCGCCCAAGCGGCUUCAGCGGUUGACUACAAGCCUCGCGUCGCCCAGUGGACGCCUAUGAUGCAGCUCCAGCAGCAGCAUUAUCAGCAGCAGGCGCAACAUCAUCAGCAGCACACUUUGGCGCAGUCCCAGCUCCUCGGGCCAGCUCAACAAGGAGGCAACCUCUAUGGCCAGCCGCAGCUUCAGUCUAUGGUGCAACAAGCGCAGCGUUACCCGCUACAGCAGCAUCACCAGCAGUUCGCAAGCGGCCCAUCGGCUCUACCGCCUUUUAGAGACGGCUUGAGUAUGAUGCAUACCGGCACCGCUGUCGACACUCAUUAUACGAGUACAAUCACUAGCGGGCAGAUCCAGUUCUUUCCGACGUCUAGCUACAGACAGCCAGCGGCUUACAACUAUGCGCCUGACCCAUUGUAUGACAUGUCACCCCAUGCGACUUCGUACGAGAACGCAGGGAUCAAGCCUCGCCGACGCACGUCAAGUGCCCAGCUCAAAGUUUUGGAGGCACAAUUCGAUGUCAACUGCAAACCAGACGUCAGUCGCCGCAAGGAAAUCGCAGCACAGCUUGGGAUGACCGCGAGAGAAGUGCAAGUCUGGUUCCAAAAUCGACGUGCAAAAUGGAAAAAGCUGGGCAAAACGCCGAUCGAAGGUCUUGAGGGCCUUGACGACCCCGGCAAUACUACUAUCGCUUCUCGUGACGACGCUUCUGAUGAUCUUCCCGAGUUUCCGAGCAGAGUGUCAGCCUUCCGCCGAGAGAGCUCGCCAGCCGUACUGGGAGCGGGGGCCAUGUAUGCCAGAGUGCACGGCCAAGGAAGCAGCACGCCUUUAACGUUGUCACGGUCUAAGGACACAGCCAGUCCCUAUUCAUCGCCAAGCAUGAUCGCUGCACCCGGUAUUGCGGCCGGAGCGCAUCAGCAGCCUUCGAAAUCGAUGGCUCAGUGGCUCGAUACGCUCUCACAGGCGCCAGGGAUGAUGGCGCCCCCACCAAUUAGCGCUGGCUCGGAUGCAUCUACUGGCUUCGGUCAGUAUGAGUUCCCUCCACCACCGCCUUUGCUCUCUACGCGCUCAGAUUCUGCUCGGUCGGCAAUUUCACCAUCGGCGGCUUCGGUUGCUCCCAGCCAGACCACGAAUAGCCUAAGCCCAAGCAUCAGUCCCGGUGACUCGCAUCAGACUCUCAGCUCGGCUGGUUUAACGCCUGGCACAAGUAUGGCCUCAGCUUCAGGAGAUUCGAUCAGAUCGCCGGUAUCUGACGCGAGCAAGCUUGAUGCAUGCAAGCCUCGAUUUCAGUCCUUCUCAAACAAGGCGUUCCUGCCACAUCAAAGAGUAGCAGACGAGGCAGGCUUGUCGCUAUCCAUCUCACCGGCAUACAAGGGCGAAUUCGGCGUUGCGCAGAGCGGUCCUUCGUCAGCAUCGACUCAGUUCACCAAUUUCGACUUUUCCUUGUACGCCCCCGGCGCUGGCGAAAUGUGUACGCCCGCUACACAAGCUUCGCUUGGCUCCGCUGGUUUCCAAACAAGCCAUCUGCAGCCAAAUAUUUCCACCGACAGACGCGCCAGCUGCCCAGCAGAAUUUAUCCAAUCUUUCCAGCAUUGGUCGAUGCCUACGACGCAUCAGCCAAGCGCGAGUGGUGACAAUGCCUCCGAUAGCUCUGCCGGAGAAUCAUACUAUCAACCAGCGUUUGACUCGUAUAGCUUUUCACCGCUUGGCCUCCAGACCUUUGCCCAAGAGGGCUUUGGGCGACGCGGCAGCACAAUACUCGAUCCGAUCGCGGAGCAGCCUGCGACCUCGAUUUUUCCUCUUCGCAUGACAGUGCAUAGCAAUGCCAAUAUGCAGGGGCAGAGAGAUGAAGAGGAAUCCGUCCAAGAAGAGCUCGAGCAUGGCUCUCCGAGGGAAAGUCCAUUUGGGUCGUCGUCUUCACUCGCCGUGCGACGACCGAGUGCAGCACGUAAAGCGCGUAGUCAGUCCUCACUCAGAGCAGCCUUCUUUGGCAAUUUUGUCUUGAAUGCGUACCUGUGUGUACAUGAACGACCUCGGCAGAACUGUGUCCGCUCUCUUCCGUGCAAAACAUUGAGCGUUCUAAGCUGCUGCGUGUCAGGGCUUCGGCUUGCGGACCGCCUCAGCAAUAGCAAUAUCGCAAGUUGGCGCAGAUUGUAUAUCUCGACGAGCAGAGCUGCUGGUGCUGUCUAUAAGCUCGCGAGAUGUCAUCAAAUAAGAGCGCUGCGCGGGGCUAAUGGCUUGUGUGGGGGCGGACAGUGCUCAGAGGCACACUUUUGA